AUGCAAUCUUCUCGAUCGCUAGGAAAAGUUUUCGCGAGGACUCAAAUCACAGGAUUGAACCAACCCUGGUUGCAGAAACUCCAGCUCGCCGUCCGAUACAACUCAACCGCUACCAGUGCAGACCAAGCAGCAGCGAUGGAGCAAAUCAAUACUACUGAGCGCUUAACCAGGCUGCGAGAGCUCAUGAAACAACAGAAGCUGGACGUCUACAUUGUUCCAAGCGAAGACAGCCAUGCCUCCGAGUAUAUCGCGCCGUGUGACGGAAGAAGAGAGUUCAUAUCAGGUUUCUCUGGAUCUGCAGGUUGCGCGGUUAUCACCCACGAGUUGGCAGCAUUGGCUACUGAUGGACGAUAUUUCAAUCAAGCUGCGAAACAGCUCGAUGGCAACUGGCUGCUGCUCAAGCAAGGUCUGCAAGAUGUUCCAACCUGGCAAGAGUGGUCGGCCGAGCAGUCUGAGGGAGGAAAGUUGGUUAGCGUUGACCCAACAGUUAUAUCGGCGCCUGAUGCACGAAAGCUGUCGGAAAAGAUCAAGAAGAAAGGCGGGCAAGAGCUGGUAGCUGUAGAAGACAAUUUGGUCGACAUAGUUUGGGGAAACGACCGACCAGCGAAACCCAGCGAGCCCAUCAAAAUACUUGCACCACAGUUUGCAGGAAAAGACUUGAAGAAAAAGCUCGAAGAUCUUCGCAAAGAGCUGGAUAAAAAGAAAAGCUCCGGUUUCAUAGUAUCGAUGCUGGAUGAAAUCGCUUGGCUAUUCAACAUGCGCGGGAAUGACAUCCCGUACAAUCCUGUGUUUUUCUCAUAUGCUGCCAUCACACCUACAACAGCGACCCUUUAUGUCAACUCCGCAAAGUUGAGUAGCGAGUGCAAGACUUACCUCACCGACAAUGGAGUUUCUAUGCGACCAUAUCAUAAGAUUUUCGAGGACAGCGAAGUACUUUGCAAGUCGCUAGAUACCCCGGACAACGAGCCCGAAGCUAAGAUCAAGAAGUUUCUUGUGUCAACAAAAACGUCCUGGGCAUUGAAACGAGCGCUAGGGGGCGAAACCAAAGUCGAAGAAGUCCGAAGCCCAAUCGGCGAUGCCAAAGCCGUGAAAAACGACACCGAACUAGAGGGAAUGAGAGCUUGUCAUGUCAGAGAUGGAGCAGCUUUGACUGAGUAUUUUGCCUGGUUAGAGGACCAACUCAUUGUUCAGAACGUACAGCUAGACGAGGUCACGGCGGCAGAUAAACUAGAAGCAAUUCGUUCGAAACAGAAGCACUUUGUGGGUUUGUCCUUCGACACAAUUUCGUCUACCGGUGCCAAUGCAGCAGUCAUUCAUUACAAGCCAGAGCGCGGGAACUGCUCUAUAAUUGACCCGAAAGCUAUCUACUUGUGUGAUUCCGGGGCUCAAUAUCUCGAUGGCACAACCGAUACAACAAGAACGCUUCACUUUGGAGAGCCAUCGGCGUUUGAGAAGAAGGCUUACACGUUGGUGCUCAAGGGUAACAUUGCUCUUGAUGUCGCCGUUUUCCCAAAGGGAACCAGCGGGUUUGCUUUAGAUACCCUUGCAAGACAAUUUCUAUGGGAAGAAGGCUUGGAUUACCGACACGGAACUGGACACGGUGUAGGCUCCUAUCUCAACGUCCAUGAAGGUCCGAUCGGAAUCGGAACCAGGAUACAAUAUUCCGAGGUACCUCUGUCGCCUGGCAAUGUGAUCUCUAACGAGCCUGGGUAUUACGAGGAUGGGAAUUUUGGUAUUCGAAUUGAGAACAUCAUCAUGGUGAAGGAGGUCGAAACGAACCAGAAAUUCGGAGACAAACCAUACCUAGGAUUCGAGCACGUUACCAUGACUCCAUACUGCAGGAAGCUCAUUGACGAAAGUCUCCUCACAAGGAAAGAGAAACACUGGUUGAACGAAUAUCACGCUGACAUCCACGCAAAGACCAAGGACUAUUUUGAGCCAGGCUCGCUAGCUAUAAAGUGGCUUGAGCGUGAAACAGAGCCACUGUAG